GUCUGUGUGUGUCUGUGUGUGUCUGUGUGUGUGUAUGCGCGCGCGCCUCCGCAUCAACUACAUAUAGCUGCGCGCGUGCACCGAUGCCUGUAAAUGAACUAAAUCCUGCACGCAGCCGGGGAGCAUUACUGUCUGCUGAAGCCUAAUUUCAUCAACAAGCUCUGAAAUAACGGCUCCGCCUUCCAACUCACCAAAACUUAAACCGAAAGUACGAUGUUACCUCUCAAGUCGAGCUGCGAUCUUCUGCAGACACACUGCAUUGCAUUUCACUCCAGUUUGGACUCAAACACACACCGAGCUGUCAGUUAUUAGCAUCUCCCUCAAGGACACAUGAGCAGAUUGAGCCUCUGCUCUUUUCCGGUACUCUGUGAUAAUGCUGAUGAAUCUUGAUUAAAGAUCAUAAGCUGAUCUUUAAGCAACAUGGAGUCUCAAAGAGGACUGAGCAGCAGGUGACCAGACCCCUGAGAGGAUAAUGGAGGAUCUGCCGAUGAACAGAGGAGGAACUGGUGCAACAGGUGGCCACGAAGAGGAUUCUCCAUUGUAGGAUGGUCAGAGACAAUAUUGAUAGAACAGUAGUACAGAACCUAAAACAGAACCGUGCAGCUGAGACACAGAACCAGAGUCAGCCCCCUGAAGAGCCCGCAAGACCCGAACAAGCCCAGAGUCCAGAGAGAGUCAAACCAGAGGGCCAAGAGCAGAAGACGAGGCAGCUAGAUCCACUGCACUGGAAGCAACUCCUCACUCAACACGACUCAGAGGAAGAACCUGAAACUUGGCACCAACGAGUGUCCAGAGCUGAUGCUGAGAGUUUGCCCACACACCUCCGUCCAUUCAGCAGCUCUGCAGAGUAUAAACUUGUGAAAUACACUUAUCAGCAGCUCCAGUACAGUGGCUACUACUGGGGGCCGAUGACAAUGGAGGAAGCACAUGAAAUACUCACACACGUACCUCUGGGCACCUUCCUCAUCAGAGACAGCGGUCAGCCGGAUGUUUUCUUCACUCUGAGUUACCAAAGCAAUGACGGCCCGACUAGCGUUCGUGUCAUGGUGAACAACCUGCUCUUCAGUCUGCAUGGCAGCCACAAGACUUUUGCUUCACUCUUCGCUCUGCUCGAUUAUUACACCGGCUCUUCCUGUAAGCUGACCGAGCCGUAUCGCAGGCAGCGGCCGGAGAGCCUGAAGCAGAUGUGCAGGAGGGCUUUUAUACGCACUUAUGGAGCAGACAGUACAUGCACCUUACCUGGACUCAGUAAUCAAAUGAAAGAAUAUGUUCGUGCCUAUCCUUAUCAUAUAUAGUAUGUAAUAGUUAGUCAAUCAGUCAGUCAGUCAGUCAUCAUAAGAAAAAUCAACAUUACAGUUUACACACAUCAUUACACAGCGAUGAAAGACAGAGAUACAUGAAGUGCAACACAACAACGACAGGCAAAACAACAUGAAAACAAGACUCAUAGUUCCAUUAGCGAGUCACCAUAUUUAGGACUGCUAAAUGUAAUGUAUAUUUAUGUAUAGAGUUCAUGUAUGACGAUGUUUGUGUUACAGCUUGAGUAUUUGAUCUGCAAGUUAUUCACAGCUGGUUUGCACACUUAACAAAACUGUAUGUGCAGAGUUAUAUGUGGCUCAUAUAGUAUUUGUUUGAAUAAUAACAUUUACAAGCACAGAUCCUCACUUCUUAUCUGUGGAUACGAAACCAGUUUCAACAAAUCCUGUGUAUAUGCUGCACUGUUGCCUCUUUAAUACAUAUCAGUACUCCAUCAAAAUGUAAAAAUCUGCUGCUGUUUAAAGCUGCAUUAAUUGAUUUGAAAAAAUCUGAUAUAUUACCAGUUUAUAAAGUUGCGAACAGUUGCCUACUUACUAGGAAUGGAGCCGAAUCUGAAUAUGGUAUCAUAGCUCACAUAGUAGGUUUUUACAGAUAUUUAUUUUGUACAAAUAUUUUAAAAUAUUUAAAAUAAACUCUCAAUGAGUCACAUCCACCUGCACAUUUUCUUAUUUAGGCAUCACCCCCGGAGUCAGGGGUGUUCCCUAGAGAUAAAGCUGAGCUACAGACACAUGCAAAGUGCUUAAAAGGGACUCUCCAUAACCUGCUGUUUCCCUUCCCCUUUCCACAAUGUUAGGUUGUAAAAUAUAGGCAAAAAAUUAAAAGUUCAAAGCAAUAAUGACUUUUGAAGUUCUUCCCUACAACUUACUCGCUGUGCUGCCUCUGUGUGACGGGUGUAUAAAUAGGUAAAGAUCUGUCUAUACAAUGGUGCAGAGCUGAGUUUUAGCUCAGUAGUCAGCGCAGUCGUCUAUGAUCUGAGAGACUUCAAUUUGAGACCCAGUUUAGGGACCUCCUUCGCAAGAUGAUUUAUUGAUGAACACUUAUUUUAACAUUUUAAUAUCCUAAAAUCAAUUUUAAUAUCCCCCCCCCC